CCUUUAUCGCAUGUGUGCAUUUCACUCGAUUGUGAAACAUCAGUGUUAUUUAUAAAUGUCUUUAAAACCGAGUAGUAAUACUAAAAUUCCUUAUUCUAUAGCGCAUUGUUUAAAUAUUGUUUGGAUACUUUAAAACAAGUGCCUUGCAUACGAAAACUUUACAAAAGAUUGCAUUUGCGGGAAAAGGAAAUAACUGUACAAAUCCUCAAUAAGCACAAGCGUCUGUUCAAAUCAUGCUUAGUGACAAACAGUUCAAGGAACUGGAAGACAAAGGCUACACGGUCGUCGAGAACGUGAUCAGCAAGGCGGACUGUGACCAGGCAGUGAAGGAGUACAAGCAGUGGUUGACUCACUUCGGGAACAACUUCCCUAAGUGCUUUAAUUCAAUAAUUAAAGAUCACAAUGUUGGUCACAUGGAGACAACGUGGCGAUUGAGACUCAAGACAAAGCCUGUGUUUGCUCAGUUAUGGCACACUGAGAAACUGUUGUCCAGCUUUGACGCCAUCGCUAUAGGGAGACCACCGGAAGAUGGCGUUGAAGAAUUUCAAAAACCGGACGGGUAUUGGUUACACGUGGAUGUGACGCCAUCGCGGAUUGGUUUGCAUGCUUACCAGGGAGCGCUUUAUCUCGAAGAGCAGACGAAAAACGAUUGGACAUUUCUGGUCAUGGAAGGCUCCCAUAAACACAUCCUGACACGAUUCGAUGAGUAUCCGGAAAAGGCAGAAAGGGCGCGUAAACUGGGAUUCUAUUAUAGUUUGGCGCCGGAUGACGUGGAUUAUUUCAAGUCUAUUGGCUGUCGACUUACAAGGAUUCCUGUUGGCAAAGGUGGCAUGGCCCUUUGGGAUUCCAGACUCGUGCAUGCUAAUGCUCGACCUCUUCCGAAGCGCAAACACGCGGGUAGGUGGCGCUAUGUGGCUUUCAUUUCAAUGACACCAGCAAUAUGGGCCAACGAAGUUGACAUAGCAGUACACCAGGAAGCGUAUAAAAAGCCGACCCUAACGACACACUGGUCGUCACAAGGUGUACGCGUAUUGCAAACAUCAAAGACUCCAGGGAUACCGUUUCCUGAUACUGUGCCUGAUAUUGCACGCACGGAAGAAGCUUUACAAUUAUCGGGAAUGGUUCCCUAUGACUUUGAGGAUGGUAAACCAAACGGAGAUUCGUUCACACCUUCUUGGCGCAAACUGGAGGCACCUCUCGCUCCGGAACUAGAUCUUGAACGUCACUAUGCAAAUGGACACAUAUAAAGCAGAAAGCAAGUAUAAUAAUGAAAAAACUACAACGAUCAUUGAUGGGUCGAGUCAUAGUAAACAUUAUGUUAACGCGAGUUAAGUCGUUUACUAUUGAUCUUGUAUUUUUACUUUUAUUUGGAUGCAAACGGUCUUUGUAGUACAAUACAAAUAACGUCACUCACACACGUAAGUUUAUAACUUGCUAAAUUAAGGUGCAUUCUAAAUCUAUUAAUAUUUAAUAAUGUUUCGUAAACAUGUAUAUGAUAUUUCAAAAAAGAACAUUGAUAGAAAAAAUAAAUUAAUUUCCAACUAUACUUUCAAUAAAUAUAUUGAAAUUUACUUGUACGUUACCGAAAUACGCACCAUAUUGCGCGCUUGAGAAACGUAAUCUAAUGUAUAUCGUGUUUUUUUUAAAUUUAAUUUUUAAAUAAUUUUUUAAUGAUCCCAAAAUAAAGGGUGAGCUAACCUUAUCAUACCUGUUAAGUAGUAUGUUUAUUACUUUCAUUGAAUGCGUAUGCGGCGCUCUACGAUUUUGUGUGAUACUUUUCUUGUAUUUGUAUUAACAACAGCGGUUCAUUUAACAGUUAGUAUUAAUUUCAUUAACAAGCUUGAAAACAAAAGCUUAUUGUACAUUAUUGUUUACCUUUCAUCCACAUUUUGCUGUAUGGGUAUCUUGAUAAUAGAUUAUAUGUAAACACGUGUUGCAUCGUUUGACUUUAAUGUCACAACCAUUGGAUUAGAAAUGGCACAGGCUAUUGACCUAAAUGAGAGCGAAUGAUGAUAUAUGUCAAAGCAAAAUACUCCAGUAAUAGGAGCUUAAACACCAAUUUCAAGUACAAUAUUAAUAUAGAUGUACAUGCAUAUUUAGAUUGCCAAAUCAGUAGUAGCAAUAGUAGAACAUAUAGAAGUAAUAGAAGUAGAAAUAG